UACCUGACAGCCAGUGGGUGAAGCCUAAAGUGGUUCUGGAUGAACACCACUGGGCUAACAUCCUGGCCUAGACCUGAGACCACACAUCUAAUUAACAGAGUCAUGGGACCUAUGGCACCAGCUUCCUGCAAAAGGUCCAAAAGAGUAGCAGGAGAGUUAUUCUGGUGAAAACUAGUCAAUUAUUUUCCCUUUGUCUAGAAUCACUAGGACAGAUCACAGCCUGGGUUGUAAGGACAAGGCAGGGGCCCACUGGGGAGAGGUUUGCCUGCAGGUCAUGGCAGAGGGCUGAGGCUGCCACAGACAGGUCAGAGGAUUAGGUUUAGGACUGUACCUUGGCCUUUUAUUCAGGCUCUAUUCAAGGAAGAAGAGUUGCAGUAGAAAGCCUACUCCCAAAGGGGAAGAAAUAAGGUAAAAGGGCUCCUGGGCAACAUAGUGCUCAUCUACUCUCUCAGCCUCCCCUAUCAUUACUUGUGGGGCGGGGACUAACGGGGCACCAGGCAGGGAACUAGGUCUGUUUCCACUGCUUGCUAAAUAAAUCCUUAGAGUUCAGUUGCUCAUUUAAAAAAUUCCUCCUCCUCCCUGCUCCUCUCCCAAGCCAGCCACUUCACAUUUCUGCCUCAAAAUUACCUCUUGAAUUCAUUGUGUCCCCUCAGUUCUCACUACCACAAGAGUCGUGGCAGCUUUCAGGUCCUCUUGCCUGAGUUACUGUCACAAUACCCUGCUUCCGUUUUUCCCCUGCUCUCUUUACACACUGUAAUAAAUCUUUCUCCUAUUAAAGCUAUUCAGUGGUCAACGAUAGCCUCCAUGCCGAAACUCCAAGACCCUCCAAGAUAGCGCAACCGGCACCAUCCCCCUUCCCCCCAUCCUGCAGCUAUUCUAAAGUACUGGCUCCAGCAAGUCCCUGACACGCAUUGUGCGCUCCUACCCCUCAGUGCCUGCACAUGCUGCUCUCCUUGCCGGAAUGUCUGCCAGCCUUUUCUACUGCUUUCUAGGCUCCGGUAUCUGAACGCCUCGCCACAGCACUCUACAUUGUUAUAAUUUACUUGUCUGUCUCCCCUCAUCAGCCUGUGAUCUACCCAAAGGCAGGAUCUGAGUGUUUGAUUUCCAUUCCCCCAGCGGCCAGUGUAGUUCAGGUACUUCAAAGCCUGACCGGCAGCCAGAGGCCCCCUCCUUCGGGAAACCACAUGGGUCGGGCGCCUGAGGACAGGGGUGUGGCCAGAGGCGGGAUCAUGGGAGAUGGGCGUGGUUUGUGGGCGGGGCUCUGCUCUAGGCCGGAACCUGGGGCUCUACAGCGCCUGCGCAGAAAGGUGCGUUAAGAUGGCUGUCGCUGGAGUCCGAGGCUGUGCGGCGACGAAAUUUCAUGGAAUUAUAGUUGUUCUACUCUGCAAUGUCUCUAUUUAAAAGCCAAAGUGAAGACAGACAAGAUGAAGAACAUGAGAGAUGUCUGCAAGCCAACAACAACAAAUUCCACGGUAGUUCUGGAUAUCCGAAAAAUACCAUCAAGACCUCAAAAUACAAUGUCUUUAAUUUCCUGCCCCUGAACCUAUUUGAACAGUUCCAGAGACUUGCAAAUGCAUAUUUCCUCAUUUUGCUAAUUUUACAGUUGAUUCCCCAGAUCUCCUCCUUGGCAUGGUAUACAACUAUGGUACCCCUGAUGGUGGUGCUGUCCGUAACAGCAGUGAAAGAUGCCAUCGAUGACCUGAAAAGGCACCAAAGUGACAAUCAAGUCAACAACCGGCCUGUUCUGCUACUGGUGAAUGGCAAGAUGAAGAAGGACAAAUGGAUGAAUGUUCAAGUGGGAGAUAUAAUAAAGCUGGAAAAUAAUCAGCCUGUCACAGCAGAUAUACUAUUACUCUCUAGCAGUGAGUCAUAUAGUCUGACAUACAUAGAGACAGCAGACCUGGAUGGUGAAACAAAUCUGAAAGUAAAGCAGGCCCUCUCAGUUACUAGUGACAUGGAAGAUCACCUGGAGCUUCUGUCUGCCUUUGAUGGAGUAGUGAGAUGUGAGGCUCCCAAUAACAAACUGGACAAAUUCUCAGGAAUACUGACCUAUAAGGGGAAAAAAUACUUCCUGGACCAUGACAAUUUGCUACUUCGAGGCUGCAUCAUCAGGAAUACAGAUUGGUGCUAUGGCUUGGUGAUCUACACUGGGCCAGACACCAAAUUAAUGCAGAACAGUGGAAAGUCUACUUUUAAACGAACACAGAUAGACCAUCUCAUGAAUGUUCUUGUACUCUGGAUUUUCCUGCUUUUAGGCAUCAUAUGUUUUAUCCUAGCAGUUGGGCAUGGCAUUUGGGAAAACAAGAAAGGCUACCACUUCCAGAUUUUUCUGCCAUGGGAAAAAUAUGUCUCUUCAUCAGCUGUCUCUGCCAUCCUCAUAUUCUGGUCCUACUUCAUUAUUCUCAAUACCAUGGUACCCAUUUCCCUCUAUGUCAGUGUUGAAAUAAUAAGAUUGGGCAACAGUUUCUAUAUCAACUGGGAUCGGAAGAUGUUUUAUGCACCAAAGAAUACACCAGCACAGGCUCGUACUACCACCCUUAAUGAGGAGCUCGGCCAAGUCAAAUAUGUAUUCUCUGACAAAACAGGGACCCUGACUCAGAACAUUAUGAUUUUCAACAAAUGUUCUAUUAAUGGGAAGCUCUAUGGUGAUACUUGUGACAAGGAUGGACAGAGGGUGACAGUCUCUGAGAAAGAAAAGGUCGAUUUCUCCUUCAACAAACUGGCUGACCCUAAGUUUUCAUUUUAUGACAAGACUUUGGUGGAAGCAGUGAAAAAGGGAGAUCACUGGGUACACUUAUUUUUUCGCUCACUCUCAUUGUGUCAUACUGUGAUGUCAGAAGAAAAAGCAGAAGGCAUGCUGGUGUACCAGGCUCAGUCACCAGAUGAAGGUGCCCUGGUCACUGCUGCCAGGAACUUUGGCUUUGUGUUCCACUCCCGCACGUCUGAGACAGUCACAGUGGUCGAAAUGGGGAAAACCAGAGUCUACCAACUGCUGUCUAUUUUGGACUUCAACAAUGUGCGCAAGAGGAUGUCUGUUAUUGUGCGGACACCUGAAGAUCGGAUAAUGUUGAUUUGCAAGGGUGCAGACACCAUCAUCUGUGAACUGCUUCAUCCAUCCUGUAGUUCCCUCAAUGAUGUGACCAUGGAACAUUUAAAUGAUUAUGCCAGUGAAGGCCUUCGCACCCUAAUGGUAGCCUACCGAGAGUUGGAUGAAGCAUUCUUCCAGGACUGGAGCAGAAGGCACAGUGAAGCCUGCUUGUCUUUAGAGAACCGGGAAAGCAGAUUAUCAAAUGUCUAUGAAGAAGUUGAAAAAGACUUGAUGCUGUUAGGGGCCACAGCCAUAGAAGACAAGCUACAAGAUGGAGUACCUGAGACAAUCAUCACCCUGAACAAAGCCAAAAUUAAACUAUGGGUUUUAACUGGAGAUAAGCAAGAGACUGCUGUGAAUGUUGCCUACUCCUGUAAGAUAUUUGACGAUGAAAUGGAUGAAGUGUUCAUCGUGGAAGGCAGGGAUGAUGAGACUGUUUGGAAAGAACUCAGGACAGCAAGGGACAAGAUGAAACCCGAAUCUCUCCUGGAUUCAGACCCCAUAAACAUUUACCUCACCACGAAGCCCAAAAUGCCUUUUGAAAUACCUGAGGAGAUGGCCAAUGGCAACUAUGGCUUGAUCAUCAAUGGCUACAGUCUGGCCUAUGCUCUAGAAGGGAACCUGGAGUUGGAACUGCUGCGAACAGCGUGCAUGUGCAAGGGGGUGAUCUGCUGCCGGAUGACACCCCUUCAGAAGGCCCAGGUGGUAGAGCUGAUGAAGAAGUACAAGAAGGUGGUGAUACUGGCCAUCGGGGAUGGGGCCAAUGACGUCAGCAUGAUCAAAGCUGCCCACAUUGGGGUUGGCAUCAGUGGCCAUGAGGGGCUGCAGGCCAUGCUCAACAGUGACUUCGCCUUCUCCCAGUUCCACUGUCUUCGGCGUCUACUCUUGGUCCAUGGCCGCUGGUCUUACAAUCGCAUGUGCAAGUUUCUCAGCUACUUCUUUUAUAAGAACUUCACCUUCACCCUGGUGCACUUCUGGUAUGCCUUCUUCAAUGGGUUCUCUGCACAGACAGUUUAUGAGACCUGGUUUAUCACAUGCUACAAUCUGGUCUACACUUCCCUCCCUGUCCUGGGCAUGAGUCUGUUUGAUCAGGAUGUGAAUGACACAUGGAGCCUCCAUUUCCCAGAGCUGUAUGAGCCAGGCCAGGACAACCUCUAUUUCAACAAGAAGGAAUUUGUGAAGUGUUUAAUGCACGGGAUCUACAGUUCCUUCGUGUUAUUCUUUGUCCCCAUGGGGACUUUUUACAAUACAGAACGAAAUGAUGGCAAGGAUAUCUCCAACUGCCAGUCCUUCUCCCUGGUGGUGCAGACCUCCUUGAUCUGGGUGGUCACAAUGCAGAUUGCUUUGAGGACAACCUACUGGACAAUAAUAAACCACAUCUUCAUCUGGGGUAGCCUGGGUCUCUACUUUUGCAUGUCAUUAUUCCUGUACAGCGAUGGCUUGUGCCUGGCGUUCCCUGACGUCUUCCAAUUCCUAGGUGUGGUCAGGAACACUCUGAACCAGCCGCAAACGCUGCUGAGCAUUAUCCUCAGCGUGGUCCUCUGUAUGUUGCCUAUGAUUGGGUACCAAUUUCUUAAACCACUAUUCUGGCCUAUCAGCGUGGACAAGGUUUUUGACAGAAUUCAAGCAUGCAGACUUCCACAGCAAACCCCAGCCAAGACCAGACUGAAACAAUCGAGCUCUCGACGUUCUGCCUAUGCAUUCUCCCAUCAACAUGGCUUUGGGGCCCUCAUCACUUCUGGCAAGACAAUGAAGUCCAGGAUGUCCAAGAAAAACACCCUUUUUCAAAAAGGAAGUAACCCACACUCACUGAAGCCAAAAAUGAGAUUCCUAUGGUUAGAAGGAUGUAUCACGAUCCUGGGGAAGGAAUCCAGCUGGGUAGGCCUCCGAAAGAAGUGAAACCAGCUGCUGGAAGGUCCCAAGAACCUAGGGAGUAGUCUCUUUGUGUCUAGACUUACUCCUCUGUGUGCAGCGGACUGAUCUUCCUUCUCAGCAAACUGUUUUUCAAUGCUGUUAUAAGUA